GCAGCCUAAAUAGUAGUAUGAACAACACAUUUUCAAGAUGGCAGAGAAGUAGCAUAAUGAAUUGUCUGGAUAGUAAUUUUAUUUUCGCAUAUUGACAAAUGUUGUGUUGUUUUAUGUAUUUCAGAAUACCUCCUACCAAAAUCUGACGGUUUUUUGAUAACUUUUGAAGCAAUGCUUUAAGAUGAUCAUCCAAAAUGACCAUCUUAAUCAUCAUUAUUAUUGACACCAUGGUCAGUCUCUAGGCUAUCAUAUAGUAGUAAGGGUUUUCAGUGCACUCUCUCUGGUCAAAGUCUCAUAGAAAUCUGUCUCGAAAAUGUAAACAAAAUUUGAGCAAUGUGCACUGCUUAUGAGAAAGUGACCACAACGAAUCUGUCUCGAAAUUAUGCAAUGCAUAAAUUAGAGACAGAUUCUUAUUUUUACAAAGGUUUCACUAGAAGAAAAGAGAAAAGACUUUUUGCCCAUGGACUAAUUUAUGCAAUGCAUAAACUGGAGACAGAUUCUUAUUUUUACAAAGGUUUCACUAGAAGAAAAAAAGAAUGUUAGAGCAUAGAUGGAAUAAUUAUGAGGUGCAGAUAAUUUAUGCAUAUAUAUAUUAAAAGCAAUUUGUAGUGGUUACUCUAGCUACCUAUAAGCAAUCACACAAAUUUCUCUUGUGUGUUUGUUCAAAAUUUUGUUUACACCUGCGACACAGAUUUCUAUGAGACUUUGACCAGGAAAAGGCACUGAAAACCCUUCAGUCAACAUGAAAUAAAAUCUAAAAUUUAAGUUAAUAUGAUGUUAAUACUGCUAAUAAAUAGAAGACAGUAUGGCCAUGGACAAAUAUAUGGAAUAAUUAUAUUUUGAUAACAUAUGUACAUUGUGUAUAAUUUCAUGUUCAUUGAGCAAUGGUUUGAACUUAAAUAUGCACAGUAAGAAUGAGUUCUUGCAUCGCGUGAUCCCUGCAUGAUGUGAAUAAAUUUUUGUAUAGUGUGAAGUUGGUGCGCAUAAAUUUCAGGAACAACAAUUCUUGAGAAAAAAUAAAUAAAUAAAGUUAACAAAAUUUUACCGUUAAGAAAUCGUAGACCAUUGAUCCACAGAAUGUACUUCGAAAAACAUAACGAAAGUGUAAAUCUGUGUUAGCUAAUAAGGUCCAUUAUAUAUAAAAACUGAGUAAAAUAUAUCAGUUUCAAAAAUUUGUACAAACGUUUAGCGUAGCGUGCCAUAUUUUUGAGCAUUGAUUCAGCCUUGCGCACGCUUUAAUAACAUAGCUUUAAAAUUGUACUCACGAAAUCAUUGGUGCAAAUUGUUUUCAAUUAAUAAGAUAAUUGAAACACCUGCGUAAAUUUUGUGUCCCAUUGAAUAAACAGCGAAUAUUUAAUCAUCCUUAAAAUACAACAGUUUAGCGUAUCAUAUUUUUGAGCAUUGAUUCAUUCUUUGCGCAUUCUUCAGAAACAUAUAAAAGGGGGUUUGAAUAGCAGAAAUAACCAUCCAGUUCUUGUUAGGAGUGACGGCUUAUACUUUCUUGGAAAUCAUCUUACCGAUUUUGUGAAACGAAAAUGGAAUUCAGAAGCAACUUAUCACACGAUGGCUAAUCACAAAAGCUGCUGCAAACAAUAUCGUUGAAAUGUUGGCUUCAAAUGUCAAAGAGGCAAGAGGCUGACGCUGAUAAAGCCCGAUGUAUGCAUUAAUAAUGAUAAAGCCUAUGUUCAAGAUCAAAUCAAAUCAUCACGUCGACAUAAGGGGAUAUCACAUAAUCAAAUUAUCACCAGGAAACAUUUUGCAGACAGAACAUACAAGUACGGUGACGAAAAUGAAUAUGACAAAGUAGAGGUGACAAGAAUCGAAACGAAAAAAGGUACAUAUUUUUUAAUUUAAGUAUUAUAUUUACACACCCCAAGUCAACCUCAAGCAGUAACGUUCAUCUGUAUUUCCUGAUUAAUUGUGUUUGAAUGUGCUAUUUAUACUCUUGAAAGACAACGCGUAACCUCGUAUAAAAAAGUACUCACACAGCUUGAAACAAGAUCGUAUUUAUUUCAAGAUGGCGUGACGUCCUUACCUCAUGGACAUAAAUAUUUGCGCCCAAUUUAAGAAUCGAAUGAAACGCAAGCUGGGGACGAUUUAUAUUCCAACAAACAUUUAGACGAACUUAUCAAAAUUGAAAGUAUAAUUGCCAACGAGCAUCCUGAUCUAAAAGAACGCGUUAUGCGAAAUUCGAUUCUAAACAAUGUUAAGCAACUAUACGAUGAUUUACUUUGUCCCACCCUCGACUAUAACUUAGUUGAACCUUGUGUCAUGUGGAUUCGCUUGUGAUGGACAUAGUGAAGAAAGGACUGUUGAAAUGGACUUUAUAUUUUAGCUAUGUACUUUGGAAUUUAUUUAUUUACUUAUUUUGUUUUUAUCUAUAUUAUAAUGCCCGUAUACGUCUGUCUGUCACGCAAAAUGGUAGCUUAGCUGCGCAAUAGCGAGAAGCACGCAAUGCGAUAUAAAAAGGAUAUUCCACGGGCUAACGACUACUUUUAUAUUAUUUCUUUUAUGGUUUGUAGGAAAUAUGAAGUAUUAUGAUUGUAUUCCAUUUAUGUUGUAUUCUUUUGUUUUGUGUUUGUGUGUGUGUGUGCUGAAAAUAUUUUGUUCCUCUUGAGUUACAAAAGUGUUUCUGAAAGACUGUGCUGUAUUGAAUUCUUUAUCGUUUAUAGUGCAAGUACAGUACACAUUAAUAGUAUUGUUUUUUUUUUAGGACUAAUAAUAAUAAUAAAAAAAAAGAAAGAAAAAUGUGUUUCAAUUUAAAAGAGAUGUUCAAAAGAACACAAGAAAAAGAACCCAAAAUAACACAAGAUGGCUUCCUGCUAUGGAGGAAAAAUGGCAAAUAGGUGAAAGAUUGGGAGAGGGAUAUCGAAUAUCUCUCUCCAAAAAACAAAUAAAUAUGGAUUUAUUUUAAUUAUAAUUUUAUUUAUUUAUUCAUCACGGUUGUAAAAAAUAUGGUAAAUAUUAUAGGCUUGUACAUAUAUAUUCAGAGAAAGAAAAAAAAAUCAUUUACCAUUAAACCUUUCUUUUGAUAUGAUCACAGUUUAUCGAAAUAAAUAUAUAAAAAAAUGGACGACUUUGUGGCUUACGAUACCGCUACAUCUGCAGCAUGGAAUGCCAAGCUAGCGACUGUUCAAAAAUGCGAUGAUAAUAAGUUUGUAUAUUCAACUAUAGCUAAGGAAGAAAGGAGAGAGUAUUCCGCCCGUUUAGUUGACAAUAUUUGUCUAGUCGGCCAACUGCGUUCUGGAAAAAGUUCUUUUUUACGAACUGCAAUUGUUAAUGGGUUUUUAUCAGUCAAACGAGUUAUAUGGUGUAGCGCGCAAGUUACUGAAGAAGAGAGGGCGCAAAUAGCUUACAUGCUCAAGAAUCACGGCAUCAGCUUGCUUUAUGUCAGUUGUACAUCUCCCGAUGUGACGUUGACUAAUCUGAAAAUUGAUGAUAUGACUACGAAUAAUAAAGAAGACACUGUCUUGGUUUUAGAUGAUAUGCAACAAUAUGUAAUUCAAAAAAACCAAAUUAACAGAUUUUAUAAUGCAAAUGUGUUGUGGUUGGCGGCAUAGGCAUAUCUCAAUCUGCUUGACUUGCCAAUCGUUUUCAUUAAAUGUGCGUACCCAACAGCUGCUACGAACAAUGAGCCAAGUUGUAUUCUUUAGAAUGAAUAUGCUAGAAUGUUUUAUAAACUUUGUUAAACAGCAUCCUGUUGGUGCAAUGCUGCGUAACUUGGAGGGAAUGACCUCCCAGCAGGUUCGAACAGCUGUUGGGCAGCUCUACCAAUCAGUAGUUGGUUGUACAGCACUUGGGCAUUUAUUGUUCGAUAAUGUUCCACGCAACGAUGGAGCGCGAAUUCGUAGUCACGUGUUAAACAUGAAUAAACAGAAGAUAU